AUACUGCUGAAAUCCUACACAUCGAAGCUCCUCUUCACUGCUUUGCAGUGCUUUCUGAGUGCCAUCCAAUCCUUGGUGGUUGCUAUUGCCUUCGAGAGAGAUCCCCAUGAGUGGAGGCUUGGGUGGAACAUGAGGCUUCUACCUGUGAUCUACUGUGGAGUUGUGGUGAAUGGAUUAACAUACUACUUGCAAGUCUGGUUUCUAGAGAAGAAAGGCCCGGUGUUUCUAGCCAUGUCCACCCCUCUGGCGUUGAUCUUCACCAUGGUGAUUUCUGCACUAUUGGGCGAUUUCAUCAAUGUCGGA